AUGAUUCAGCUAUUAGCAAAUGAGGUAAAAACUUCCAUCAUUGCAACGAUCAAAGAAGCGAAGUACUUUUCAGUUAUACUUGAUUGCACUCCAGAUGCAAGUCAUGAGGAACAAAUGUCUCUUGUUGUCCGUUGUGUUGAUAUUACAGCAAGUCCGAUUGUGGUAAGAGAAUUCUUUUUGGAAUUUUUAAAGGUGGAUGAUACAUCGGGGCUUGGACUGUUUAAUGAGCUUGUAAAUGCACUGAACACUCUUACACUUGAUAUUGGUGAUAUACGAGGACAGGGAUAUGACAAUGGCUCUAAUAUGAGAGGAAAACAUAAGGGUGUGCAGAAGAGACUUCUUGAGACCGAAGACAUGCAUAUUGAUAUUGCUAUUGAAGAAUUGGAAAAGCUUAUUUCAUUUAUGCAGAACUAUAGAGAAACUGGAUUUGAUGAGACCUUGACCAUAGCUAAAAAAAUUGCAAGUGAGAUGAAAAUUGAAGCCAUAUUCCGUGAAAAGAGAACGAUUAGAAAAAAGAAGCAUUUUGAUGAAAGCGACAAUGAAGAAGAGGUGACACAAUCAGCUUUGGAAUCAUUUAAGGUUGGUUACUUUUAUUAUAUAAUUGAUCAAGCUCUUUCUUCACUUCAAAGUAGGUUUGAACAAUUUAAGAAAUAUGAAGAAGACUUUGGAUUUUUAUUUAAGUUGGAGAAGUUGAAGUCUAUAGAUAAUAAAAGUUUGAUGAACUAUUGUAUGAAUCUUGAAGAUUUAUUGAAGGAUGGUGAUGCUUUUGACAUUAAUGGAAGUGACCUAUUUUCUGAGUUGCGGUACUUGAAAGGAGCAAUACCAAAAGAAACAAAAAGGGCAGUUGGAGUAUUGAACUACUUGAAGCAAAUGGAUGGUUGUUACCCAAAUGCUUGGAUUGCUUACAGAAUUUUGUUAACCAUACCUGUUACUGUUGCCUCUGCCGAGAGAAGCUUUUCAAAAUUGAAGUUGAUCAAAUCUUAUCUUCGAUCAACUAUGUCACAGGAAAGACUGAAUGGUUUAGCAAUGUUAUCGAUUGAAAAAGAUUUAGUUGAAAAACUUGAAUAUUCAAGCUUAGUUGAAACUUUUGCGGCUAAGAAUGCAAGAAGGGUAAUUUUUCAGUAA